AUGGAGAUUACGAAGAUGGAGCAGCGGUCUCUCAGAGUUGCCCUUGAGGGCUGUGGCCAUGGCUGCCUUCACGACAUAUACGCAUCGGUCGAGAAAUCUGCUGAGCUCAAGGGCUGGGAUGGUGUUGACUUGGUCAUCAUCGGAGGUGACUUUCAGGCCGUUCGUAACUCUUACGAUCUGGCAUGCAUGUCAGUGCCACACAAGUACAAGGAGAUUGGUGACUUCCAUGAGUAUUACAGUGGCAAACGCACUGCCCCCUACUUGACUAUCUUUGUGGGCGGCAAUCACGAAGCUAGCAACUAUCUAUUUGAACUUUACUACGGCGGCUGGGUCGCUCCAAAUAUCUAUUACCUCGGCGCUGCAAAUGUCAUUCGCGUUGGCCCUCUUCGAAUUGCAGGCAUGUCGGGCAUUUGGAAGGGCUACGACUAUCGGAAGCCUCAUUACGAGAGAUUGCCGUACAACCAAGACGAGAUCCAAAGCAUCUAUCACGUUAGAGAACUAGAUGUUCGCAAGCUGCUGCAAAUUCGCACUCAAGUUGAUGUUGGAAUUUCUCAUGACUGGCCUAAAGCCGUGGAGCUUUCUGGGGACUACGAAGCACUAUUCAGAAAGAAACGAGGAUUUCGCGAAGACUCGCAGAAUGGUAGACUGGGCAACCCUGCUGCCAAAUACGUCCUGGAUAGACUCCGCCCAUCAUAUUGGUUCUCCGCCCACCUCCACGUCAAGUUCGCGGCUCAGAUCCACCAUGGCGCGUAUCUUCUUCCAGAAAGCCGUGGGAUGAAGAGAACCAUCCUGCAAAGGAGCCCUCAGGUGAAGUCAGAACGCGAGGAGGAACAGGGGAUUGUCUCUAGAAUUGAUCAGAAUGCCAGAAUUGCAGCAAAUGGAACUCUCGAGAGCCAGGGUGGCCCUCGCCACAGUAUGCCCACCGACACUCAGAGCAAACUGUCGGCCUGGAACAACUUUCAUCAAGUCGCUGCAAAGAACGAGGCAGCUGAAAACGCGCGCCUUCUGGAGGAGUACGAGAGGGGUAGCAAAGGAGGUCUUCAAACGUCCCAAGUCGUUCAUAACUUGACCUGGAAAAAGAUUGAUACGGGUGAUGAUGGAUUUGGUCGGAAGGUUUCGGUCAUUGAGAAGAGCACUGACACUGGUUCACCAGAAAGCAAGAAACUAAAAGUUGAACCCGAAGACUUCAGUGUCAAGAAUGCUGAUGAAAUCGAUCUUGACUUGGACAGCGAUGACGAGGCCCCGACAGCGCCGGCCGCCAGUGCGACAAAGCCCACAACUCCUGAGAAACCAACCGCCGUUGAAGUGUCUGAUACCAAGGCUAACGGCUCUGAGCGAGCUCCUGGCGCUACCACUACUGACCAACGUGGAAAUGCAUACGUGUCUCAAGACAUUCGGAACCAACUUCCCGAGAGCUUUUCUCGUCCCACUCCCGACCUUAAGCAGGAAGACGAGCCGGUGAUCAAUGAGCCCUUGCCUGAAGCGAUCUCAAACACCACGACCUGUUUUCUGGCUCUCGACAAGUGUGUGGCGAACCGUGAAUUCCUGCAGCUUACAGAGUUUGAAGCCAUUUCAGUGCAGGAAGACGGCCAAGUCGACCGCCCUUUCCGUUUGCAAUACGAUAAAGAAUGGCUUGCUAUUACCCGCGUCUUUGCGAAUGACCUUCAGCUGGCAGAUCCAGCUGCUCGACCUUCUUCGGAUAAGGGGGACGCCAUUUACAAGCCCCAGAUCAUCGAGGCCGAGCAAUGGGUCGAAGAGAACAUCGUCAAAGCAGAAAAGCUGGACAUUCCUGAGAACUUCAUCCCCACCGCUCCUUAUUACGACCCAGCUGUGCCUAUCACCACUCAGGAAAUGCCCAUUGAAUACAACAACCCGCAGACGGCUCAGUUUUGCGAGCUCCUGGGAAUCACCAACAAGUUUCAUCUGACCGAUGAGGAGCGCCAGGCACGCAUCGAUGCCGGCCCACGCGCAGCCGAAUCCCGGGGCUCUUUCGGGCGCAACAAUCGCUUCCCCCGUCGCGGCGGCCACGGUGGUGGUCGCGGUCAUAGAAACGUGAGUGGUCGCGGCCGAGAUCGUGGCGGCUUUCGCUACUGA